AUGAGUGAGGAAACCACGUCCGCUGUGACAGAGAAACAAGCUUCUGUCCGUGAGGAGCAGAAGUAUGACACCCUCAAAGGCAAUGACCAUGAAGAACUGUUCCCUACGAAAACUUCAGUCGCCUCAGAGUUGCAAGGCAAGAUCCAGUCCAUGCAGGAACGCGAUGCUGGUGCUGGUUAUGGCAAGCGGGAGCUUGGAGUCACCUGGCAGAACUUGACCGUGGAGGUUCUUUCAGCAGAGGCAGCGGUCAAUGAAAACUUCCUUUCCCAAUUCAACCUUUUCCAGAUGGCCCGCGACUUCAAGAAGAAGCCUCCGAUUCAACAGAUCCUCCGGAACAGCCACGGCUGUGUGAAGCCAGGAGAAAUGCUGCUUGUGCUUGGUCGUCCGGGCUCCGGUUGCACCACCCUGCUGAACCUUCUCUCAAACCGGAGAGAAGGCUAUCGAAAUGUCACCGGCGACGUGCACUUCGGUGCCAUACCAUCUGGAGAUGCCACUCCAUACAAAAGCCAGAUUGUGAUGAACAGUGAGGAAGAGAUCUUCUUUCCAACUCUGACUGUUGGCCAGACUAUGGAUUUUGCCACUCGCCUGAAGGUUCCAUUCCAUCGCCCCGAUAAUGCCUCGCCUGCCGACUGGGCAGGUGAAUUUAAAAAUUUUCUCAUGGAAACAAUGAGGAUCGCGCAUACGGAGGACACCAAGGUUGGAAACGAAUAUGUGCGUGGCGUUUCAGGUGGUGAGCGGAAGCGUGUUUCAAUCAUCGAAUGUAUGGCAACGAGGGGAUCUGUAUUCUGCUGGGAUAACAGUACCCGUGGCUUAGAUGCGUCCACUGCACUCGAGUGGGCCAAAGCUAUACGUGCCAUGACUGAUAUCAUGGGUCUCACCACCAUCGUUACCUUAUACCAGGCGGGUAACGGUAUAUACGAGCAAUUUGAUAAGGUCUUGGUGUUGGACGAAGGAAGACAGAUUUUCUAUGGUCCAGCAUCGGCAGCAAAAUCGUUCAUGGAAAGUGUUGGCUUCGGAUACACCGACGGGGCCAACGUCGCUGAUUAUCUGACUGGUGUCACUGUCCCUACCGAGCGGAAGAUUCUCCCAGGAUUUGAGGGGUCAUUUCCUGAAACCCAUGAUAGUCUACUUGCCAUUUACCAGAGAUCUCCAAUCUGCCACAACAUGAUGACCGAGUAUGACUAUCCAACAACACCUCUUGCUGAAGAAAGGACGGCCAUGUUUAAAGAGUCUGUGGCAUUUGAAAAGGAUUCUUCGCUGCCAAAGAACAGUCCCUUGACCACUGGUUUCCUACACCAGCUAAAGGUCUGUAUCAUUCGACAGUAUCAAGUCAUCUGGGGUGAUAAAGCCACAUUCUUCAUUCGGCAAUUUGUGUCCCUCGCUAUGGCUUUGAUCGUGGGCUCUUGCUUCUAUGAUUCUCCAGACACGUCGGCUGGCCUAUUCACAAAGGGUGGUGCAAUCUUCUUUUCCCAGGUCUACCAGGUGACAUUGGCGAUGGCUGAGGUCACCGGAUCUUUCAGAGGGCGACCAAUCCUCAUCAAACACAAGAGCUUUGGCUACCAUCAUCCAGCGACAUACGCUAUAGCAAUCCUAGCUGCAGAGCUUCCAGUGGUCAUCUUCCAGUGUACCAUUCUGAGUGUUGUGUUGUAUUGGAUGGUCAAUCUGAAAGCGACCGCGGGUGCAUUCUUCACGUUUUGGAUUAUUCUCAUCGUCAUCACCUUUUGCAUCAACGCAAUGUUUAGGUCAAUUGGUGCUGCUUCGCCCAACCUUGAGGUCGCUUCAAACCUAUCUGGUGUGAUCAUGAAAUUCCUUGUCUUGUAUGCCGGCUACAUGAUUCCCAAGGCCCACAUGAAGAACUGGUUUAUCGAGCUGUACUAUGCAAACCCAAUGGCCUAUUCCUUCCAGGCAGCUCUGACCAACGAGUUCCAUGAUACGAUAAUCGAUUGUGUUGGGAGCAGCUUGAUUCCUCGAGGAGAUGGAUACAGUGAUUCUCGGUACCAAUCCUGUGCGGGUGUUCAAGGCGCAGAACGAGGCGCUACCUAUGUGGCCGGUGACAACUAUCUCGCUGCUCUACAUUGGAAGCAUUCCCAACUCUGGCGCAACUUUGGAGUCAUCUGUGGAUGGUGGGCGUUCUUUGUCGCUAUUACAAUCAUCUCAACCUGCAGGUGGCGGGGCGGUGGGGCAGGCCGUAGCUCACUCCUAAUUCCUCGAGAGAAGAUGAAGAAUUUCCAACAGCGCGAAGAUGAAGAGACCCAGUUAUCCACCAGGGCAGAGUCGCAAAAAACUCGCACCACUGCAGCGGACGAUCGGAAUAGAGGCAGUCUCCUGCGCAAUACUUCAGUUUUCACAUGGAAAGAUCUCGUUUAUACUGUGAAGACCCCUACAGGCGACCGUGUACUUCUAGAUAAAGUCUACGGGUGGGUCAAACCAGGAAUGCUGGGUGCAUUGAUGGGGUCAUCUGGCGCAGGAAAAACCACUCUACUCGAUGUGUUGGCACAGCGAAAAACCGACGGCACAAUUCGGGGAGUUGUGUUGGUCGAUGGCCGCGAACUCCCUGUAUCCUUUCAGCGAAUGGCUGGAUACUGCGAACAGCUUGAUGUCCACGAACCCUUUGCGACCGUCAGAGAAGCACUCGAAUUUUCGGCACUUCUUCGCCAGCCUGAGCAUGUCCCAAAGGAAGAGAAAUUGGCUUAUGUUGAGACCAUUAUCGAUCUAUUAGAGCUCCACGAUCUGGCAGAUACACUGAUUGGAACGGUUGGCGAGGGACUUAGUGUUGAGCAACGAAAGCGCGUGACAAUCGGCGUUGAGCUAGUCUCAAAGCCUAGUAUUCUUAUCUUCCUCGACGAGCCAACAUCUGGUCUUGACGGCCAAUCUGCCUUUAACACAGUCAGAUUCUUGCGCCGCUUAGCCGAUGCUGGCCAGGCAAUUUUGGUGACUAUCCACCAGCCGUCCGCUCAAUUAUUUGCCCAGUUUGACACCCUUCUUCUGCUUGCCCGUGGGGGUAAGAUGGUCUACUUUGGCGACAUUGGCGAGAAUGCCUGUACCGUCAAGGAAUAUUUUGCCAAUUAUGGAGCACCAUGCCCGAUAAGCAGCAAUCCCGCUGAACAUAUGAUUGAUGUGGUUACUGGUGCAAUUAAUGCUGUGAAAGAUAAAGAUUGGCACCAAGUUUGGUUAGAUUCACCUGAAAAUGCUGCCGCUGUAGCAGAGCUUGACUAUAUUGUCUCAGACGCUCUCGCGAACGAACCGGGGACACUAGAUGACGGCAAGGAGUUUGCUACCUCCCUCUGGACUCAAACGAAACUCGUUACGCAACGAAUGAAUGUUGCCUUGAUGAGGAACACGAAAUAUAUCAACAAUAAACUGGAGCUACAUAUUAUUUCUGCCUUGCUUAACGGAUUCUCAUUCUGGCAUCUUGGACCUGCUGUCCAGGGUCUUCAAUUGAAGAUGUUUACAAUUUUCAACUUCACAUUUGUGGCACCCGGAGUCAUCAAUCAAUUACAACCUCUUUUUAUACAACGUCGUGAUAUCUAUGACGCCCGUGAGAAGAAGUCGAGAAUGUAUUCCUGGAAGGCGUUUGUGACGGGUCUUAUCGUUUCCGAAUUCCCUUACCUUUGCCUUUGCGCCGUCCUCUACUUUGUGUGCUGGUACUACCAGACCCGUUUGCCGCAUGCAUCUAGUGAGGUCGGAGCGAUCUUCUUUAUCAUGUUGAUCUACGAAUUUAUCUAUACCGGCAUCGGACAGUUUGUGGCGGCCUAUGCUCCAAAUGCGACAUUUGCAGCUCUGGUCAACCCCCUGAUCGUUAACAGUUUGGUUCUGUUCUGUGGCGCCUUUGUUCCCCAACCGGAGCUUAAUGUGUUCUGGAAAUACUGGUUCUACUACCUCGACCCUUUCAACUAUGUUCUUGGAGGCAUGCUUACGUUCGGUAUUUGGAAUGCAACGGUGACUUGUUCCUCGGACGAGUUUGCUUACUUCGAUCCGCCCAACGGAACAUGCAAAGAUUACCUGUCCGACUUUAUGGCCGGCACGGGCUCUGCCAUCAACUUGAUCAAUCCAGAGGCAACUUCUCAGUGCCAAGUCUGUCAAUAUAGCCGUGGAAGCGACUACCUCAAGACCCUCAACAUCAACCAUUACUAUUAUGGCUGGCGCAAUGCUGGAAUUUGCGUGAUUUUUGCCCUCAGCGGUUAUGCUUUAGUGUUCCUCAUGAUGAAGCUUCGAACCAAGGCUUCUAAGAAGGCAGAAUAA